ACGUCAUGACAUAUUUUGCUUUCGCGGGGAUGUCAAAACAUUCAGUUGUCAUCGUUUGGUGAAUGGCCAUCUCACAUAUUAUCAUGGCUAUGUCAGCGGAAAUAUUUAUGGUGGCCAUGUGAGAAAUUAGGACAUGUGGAUGGCUUCGAUUGAUUAUAAUGACAGGAUGUGACAUGACAAGGAGAGCAUAUCCACAACAGAAAGGCAGAAUAGUGUGACAUCAGUAAAAAUGUCACGAGACAAUGGUGUACUGUCCAGUACCUUCACAGAGGUCUUCAAGUGCACGUCUCUGGAGAAAGAGCUGUCAUUGUGGGAGCAGGUGUAUCAAAGUCUCACUACUCCGACAGAAGAAACGGAGGAUUUCACGCUGACCAAUCACAGGACAGAAGCAGCUGAUGCUGGUCAUGUUGCAUCCAAGCGUGAUCCUCAUCUUCUCAGUCUUACGCAAACAGAAAUUGACAAUUUUGUGAUAUAUACAUUUGUGCGGAGGUAUGGAUGGUCGGAAGGGGUCAGGUUGAGUCUGACUGAUGCAAAGAUCGUGGUAGAGACUGGUGUGCCAGAAGUGAAGUCUGUCACCAAAAUUCACAGACAACAGUUGGAUUCACAGUUGGAUACAAUCAUUGAAUGGCUGUCCGAGCAGUGUGUGUGUUCAGAGUUACUGAGGAGUUUCCUGAAACUAGUCAAAGAAGCCUCAACCCUGCCGAUAGUGAGGAACAGGUCGGUGGUCCACACUCUCACCUGGCUACAAGGGACAGGGGAGCAGUUAAACAGAGCAGGCGUUCUCCCACUUGUAAAUGACUUCAUCUUAGCAGCAUUGACAGACGUCUGGUCAGCCAUACGUAAAGUCGGCUGUAACAAGCUGGGAGAUAUCAUAGGCUGCUUGUCUGAUGUGCAUCAAGAGGUGGUGUGGAACAGCCUCGUCAGGGUUUGUAAUGAUGAAGACACAACCUGGCAAGCAGUAGAUGGUGCUAUGUUAGGCAUCACUGCUAUAGUACAGCAUCUACACUCAGACAGAACAGCCAACCAGGUGAGCUUACUGUUAUCACCCAUUCUGCUUGUGAUUCCUCCUAUUCCUGGAUUUGUACAGCGAGAUAUUCUCACAGUAGUGUUUGGAGUUAUCUCCCAUUCCCAGCUGCCCAUACGAGAGUCGGCAGUGAAGGCAGUGUCUGCCUACAUUAGUCUAGUAGACAAACAGGAAUCAUUAAGAAUCCUGGGGCAGACGUUAGACCUGUUGAGAAGAGGAAAUCAUCAACAUGUUGACCAGGGAAGUCAAGAGUUUGUUGGUGCCUACAAAGCUGAGGGUUUGCUGAAUGUCUGCCAGUCUGUGAUCAAGAGUCUGUCGUUGCCCUCUCUGCUGCCAUGUUGGGGUGCUUACCUCUCCUCAUUCCUCCAUCACCUGGCUCACCCUGCAUCCUCUGUACGUCAGUCAGCUAGCUCCGUCUUCAAACUCUUGGUCCAGAAAUCCAGUGAGAAUGUUGUGUUGUUGUGCCAGGUGUUGCACACCCUGACUGAAGGCUGGACCACGUCUAUGUGUGAUGGAGCUCCAGCACCAGAUUCACAGACUCUCUCCUGGGAGGCUAAGGAAGGUCGUAUGUUUGCCUUUGAGGUCAUCUGCAGUUUCCUCAUCAAGAAUCACAUCAGGCAGAUGUUUUCAAGAAGGAAACCUAUCAAGUUGGAGAGUGAUCGCCUUUCUCCUGAAACCAAGGUCAUUCACCACAGUGUUUCUGUGGCCGAGGAAGGAGGCAACAUGGCCGUCCCAGUUCUCCAGGCCAAGACAGACAGCAAUCAGGAGUCUCCAAGCCUUUCUGUCAUAGCAGCCCUGAGACUGCACAGUAGGACAGAGGGACAGGUCAGAAUCUAG